AUGUGUAUCAGUACCAUCGACACCAAGCGAUUGGAACAUCACAUUUUGGCUUUCCCCAUGGGGCAGAAGAGCAGAGCCAGGACGAGAGAAGGGCGAGAGAAGGAAGAAGAAGAAACGAAACGAAUCCCUCCCCCUUUCAUCCGGCGUGUUUUCUUCGUUUCUUUUUCCUUCAAACGGGCCUUGUAUUACGAUGGCCUGUCUGCCCUGUAUGACGAUGAUUAUGACUCAAGGACGAAGGACGAAGAAGGAGAAAAAAGAGGAAAAAAAAAGCAGAGGCCGGGGUCAAGGGUUCGGCUGUUUUUCUUUUUCUUUUUUUUCCUCUCCCUUUCCCACCCUCCCCUUGUCCUGUCUAAACUUGUGCAUGCAUGGGAUGGGAAUCCUGUACGUACGGACGGAAUGCUGUAUGUAUGUAUGUAUAAUAAUGAUAAUGAUAAUGAUAUGAGACGACGGUCCCCUUUGAGCCGCAGCGACCGAACGGCAGAGAAGCGAGAGACGACUACGGGGGGGUCAACGGAGAGACGGAAAAGAAGACAAAAAGAAGAGACGAAGAAGAGACGAAGAAAGCACGAAGAACGAAGGGGGACGGGAGACAAGGGCGUGUUUGUGCGUGCUACCCUAACCCAUGUCAUCUUCCGUCUUUUGGGUUCUUUAACGGCGAUUGUCCGUACAUAUACAUACAGACAUACAUACAUACAGGCUUCCUUACUUACAUACAUAACAAACGUGCAUACAGCCGAGAUACUUACUUAUAUCGACAUCGACAUCAACAUCAAGAACCCAAACCCUCAUUCAUUCAUGCACGGCAUGCCACUUCGGCUCGGUCCUGUGCCUUGA